GGAUUCCUUGAUUGAUUGAUUGAUUGAUUGAUUGAUUGAUUGAUUGAUUGAUUGAUUGAUUGAUUGAUUGAUUGAUUGAUUGAUUGAUUGAUUGAUUCGGUAAAUGCCAAAAAAAAAAGAAAAAAAAAAGGGUCGAGCGCGGGGGCGAGAACUCUGACAACAACGGGGUUCGACAUUGUGGCGAGAUGGUGAAGGAGGAGGAGUUCCCGACAAUGGGGGACAAGGACGACAGAGAAGGAGGACGGAGGGGGGAUGGAAAAGGGGAGGAGUUCCCGACAGUGGAGGACAAGGACGACGAGGUCCCGACGGAAAAGGAAGACGGAGGAGGUCGCGAUGGAGGAGGAGGAGGAGGUCCCGACGUAGGAGAAGGUCACAAUGGAGGAGGACGAGGAGGUCCCGACGUUGGAGGAGGAAGAGGAGGAGGAGAAGGAGGAGGAGGAGGAGGUCCCGACUAUGGAGGAGCAGGAGGAGGAGGAGGAGGGGGAGGAGGAGGUCCCGACAAGGAGGUCACGAUGGAGGAGGAGGAGGAGGUCCCGACGUUGGAGGAGGAGGAGGAGGAGGAGGAGGUCCCGACUAUGGAGAAGGAGUGGGAGGAGGAGGAGGAGGUCCCGACGAUGGAGGAUGUGGAGGAGGAGGAGGUCCUGAUGGCGGAGGUACCGACGGAGAAGGAGGACGGAGGAGGAGGAGGUCCCGACGUAGGAGGAGGUCCCGACGUAGUAGGAGGUCCCGACGUAGGAGGAGGUCCCGACGAUGGAGGAGGAGAAGGAGGAGGAGGAGAUCCCGACUAUGGAGGAGGAGGAGAGGGAGGAGGAGUAGGAGGUCCCCGCGAUGGAGGACGUGGAGGAGGAGGAGGAGGAGGAGGUCCCGACGGCGGAGGUCCCGACGGAGAAGGAGGACGGAGGAGGAGGAGGUCCCGACAUAGGAGGAGGUCACGAUGGAGGAGGAGGAGGAGGUCCCGACGUUAGAGGGGAGAGAGAGAGAGAGAGAGAGAGAGAGAGAGAGAGAGAGAGAGAGAGAGAGAGAGAGAGAGAAAGGCUGGUGGUCGCCCACCUGGUAUGUUGCCGUUCUUCGGCCUUGUCGUCGCCAGCCUGAGCACCUCCUGAAUCCUGAAUGCAAAAUCUCAAUUGCCUCAGUCUCCACGUGUCGCACCUGCAAAGCCAACGAAGGGGAGUUAUGGAGGAUGGAGACGACAACGGGCGGCCACGAGGACGAGGACGACAACUGGCGGCAACAGUGGGGUACAACAACUGGCGGCAACAGUGGGUGGCGGCGUCGAUGUUCGGGUAGCAGCGCGGCCGUCAAACGGUUGGGCGCCAGUCGACUAGUCGGGGUAGUCCGAUACAAUGUCGCGCCAGGAAUCGCGAAUGAAUGUGGACGUAGAAC